AUGACCAGGAGAGGUAACGUGGUGUGUAUCGCAUUGCAUGACUCAUAUGUACUGCUGGACGUACGGACGGGAGUCUCCAAAGGGCUCUUCAGCUUCGACGCGAGCUUCACGCAUCCAGUCAUCAAGGUAGUGUGUGAUAGUGACGGCGGCGAUUUAAUUCGGGACACGUCUGAGUUUCUGGUUGUCAUGUCAACCGAGGACGUGUCACUGGGUGUGUUUGUGUCUACCACCGGAGAAUCAAUGCGACAGCCACUGCUCUUUGC